AUGUUCUCCAGUCCGUUCUCCAUGUUGCAACCUGUGUUGGAAAAGAUGAUUUUAGGAAGAAAACUGACUGGAAAAACAAUGAAGUUUCUUCUCUUGAUAUUUGUUGGUGUUGUUCACCUUUUACCCCUGGCCUCUGGGAAAGCUAUACAUGGGAAUGGCACCUCUCAGAGGACUUUUCAGGAAAUCAAAGAAGAAAUAGCCCACUAUGGAGAUGUUGCUAAAGCAAUCAUCAACUUUACUGUUUAUGGUAAAGGCCAGAACAGAUCCUAUGAGCGACUGGCACUUCUGGUUGAUACUGUUGGACCCAGACUAAGUGGCUCCAAGAGCCUAGAAAAGGCCAUCGAGAUCAUGCAGCAAAACCUGCAGGGAGAUGGGCUGGAGAACGUCCACCUGGAGCCUGUCAAAAUACCCCACUGGGAAAGGGGAGAGGAAUCUGCUGUGAUGCUGGAGCCAAGGAUUCAUAAGAUGGCUAUUUUGGGUCUUGGCAGCAGCAUUGGAACACCCCCAGAAGGCAUUACUGCGGAAGUUCUAGUGGUGACCUCUUUCGAUGAACUGCAGAGAAGAGGGCCAGACGCAAAAGGGAAGAUCGUCGUUUACAAUCAACCUUAUACCAACUACUCCGCAGCAGUGCAGUACCGCAUGGAGGGGGCGGUGGAAGCAGCCAAAGUGGGGGCUUUGGCAUCCCUCAUUCGAUCCGUGGCUUCCUUCUCCAUCUACAGUCCUCACACAGGUAUUCAGGAAUACCAGAAUGGUGUGCCAAAGAUCCCAACAGCUUGUAUUACAGUGGAAGACGCAGAGAUGAUGUCAAGAAUGGCUUCUCGCGGGAACAAAAUUGUCAUUCAGCUGAAGAUGGGGGCAAAGAGCUAUCCAGAUGCUGAUUCCUUCAACACGGUGGCAGAGAUCACUGGGAGCAAGUAUCCCGAGCAGAUUGUACUGGUCAGUGGACAUCUGGACAGCUGGGAUGUCGGGCAGGGUGCCUUGGAUGAUGGUGGUGGAGCCUUUAUAUCAUGGGAAGCCCUCUCGGUUAUUAAAGAUCUUGGGCUGCGUCCAAAGAGAACUCUGCGUUUGGUGCUCUGGACGGCGGAGGAGCAAGGUGGAGUGGGUUCCUCCCAGUACUACCAGCUGCACAAGGCAAAUAGCUCCAACUACAGCCUUGUGAUGGAGUCUGACCUGGGGACCUUCUUACCCUCUGGGCUGAAGUUCACUGGCUCUAACUCCGCCAGGAUCAUCAUGGAGGAGGUCAUGAGCCUGCUGCAGCCCAUCAACAUCACACAGGUCCUGAAGAAUGGAGAUGGGACGGACAUUAACUUCUGGAUCCAAGAUGGAGUGCCUGGAGCCAGUCUACUUGAUGACCUGUAUAAAUAUUUCUCCUUCCAUCACUCCCAUGGAGACACCAUGACCGUCAUGGAUCCAAAGCAGAUGAAUCUUGCUGCCGCUGUUUGGGCCGUUGUCUCUUACGUCAUUGCAGACUUGGAAGAAAUGCUGCCGAGGUCUUAG